AUGUCAUGCCCCGGCGGUCCGCUGCUGCCUCCACCCUGCUGCCGGCGGCUCAGCCUCAGCCCGCUCAUCGCCGAGGGCGCCCGCCUGCGCCGUCCUCUGCCUCUGCUAAACCGGCGAAGCAGCAGCCUACACCUGCCAAACAGCAGAGUGCCGGUCGCGGUCAUGGCGCCCAGCCCAUCUCAGCCAAGCCAGGUGGUAAGCGAUCGAGGAAGUCACGAUCCUGAGACGGGCAACCUGGAGGGGAAGGAUCCAGCUCUUUGGGAGAGAGUUCCAUCUUCUCUUCCACCCCCGGAGGAGGGCCGGGGGGAAUUUGUGAAUGUUGUCUGUCCGGUACCCACUUUUUCACAAAAAGAGCAGUUUCUCCAACCUCCAGGUCACAAGAGGGCACGCCUGUCAGUGUGCGACGCCCCUCAAAAGCCUUGCCACUCGCAGCCCCCUCUUACUUCGCCAGCAGGUGGCACAUCUCACUCGACAAUCCCUGAAACAACAUCUACAUCAACUGCAGUAACAACAUCUGAAAACACAACACCUCAAUCAGAAACAACUCCAGUAUCAACAUCUGCAUCAACAUCUGCAUCUCACUCAGUAACCCCUGAACCAACAUCUACAUCAACUACAGUAACAGCAUCUGAAACAACAUCUCAAUCAGAAACAACUCCAAUACCAACAUCUGCAUCAACAUCUGCAUCUUACUCAGUAACCCCUGAACCAACAUCUACAUCAACUACAGUAACACCAUCUGAAACAACAUCUCAAUCAGAAACAACUCCAGUACCAACAUCUGCAUCAACAUCUGCAUCUCACUCAAUAACCCCUGAACCAAAAUCUACAUCAACUACAGUAACAACAUCUGAAACCAUAAUAUCUCAAUCAGAAACAACUCCAGUAACAACAUCUGCAUCAACAUCUGCAUCUCACUCAAUAACCCCUGAACCAACAUCUACAUCAACUACAGUAACAACAUCUGAAACAACAUCUCAAUCAGAAACAACUCCAGUACCAGCAUCUGCAUCAACAUCUGCAUCUCACUCAAUAACCCCUGAACCAACAUCUACAUCAACUACAGUAACAACAUCUGAAACAACAUCUCAAUCAGAAACAACUCCAGUACCAACAUCUGCGUCAACAUCUGCAUCUCACUCAGUAACCCCUGAACCAACAUCUACAUCAACUGCAGUAACAACAUCUGAAACAACAUCUCAAUCGGAAACAACUCCAGUACCAGCAUCUGCAUCAACAUCUGCAUCUCACUCAAUAACCCCUGAACCAACAUCUACAUCAACUACAGUAACAACAUCUGAAACAACAUCUCAAUCAGAAACAACUCCAGUACCAACAUCUGCGUCAACAUCUGCAUCUCACUCAGUAACCCCUGAACCAACAUCUACAUCAACUACAUUAACAACAACUGAAACAACAUCUCAAUCAGAAACAUCUCCAUUAACAAAAUCUGCAUCAACAUCUGCAUCUCACUCAAUAACCCCUGAACCAACAUCUACAUCAACUCUAGUAACAACAUCUGAAACCAUAACAUCUCAAUCAGAAACAACUCCAGUACCAACAUCUGCAUCUCACUCAGUAACCCCUGAACCAACAUCUACAUCAUCUCCAGUAACAACAUCUGAAACCACAACAUUUCAAUCACAAACAACUCCAGUAUCAACAUCUGCAUCAACAUCUGCAUCUCACUCAGUAACCCCUGAACCAACAUCUACAUCAACUACAGUAACAACAUCUGAAACAACAUCUCAAUCAGAAACAACUCCAGUACCAAUAUCUGCAUCAACAUCUGCAUCUCACUCAGUAACCCCUGAACCAACAUCUACAUCAACUACAGUAACAACAUCUGAAACAACAUCUCAAUCAGAAACAACUCCAGUACCAGCAUCUGCAUCAACAUCUGCAUCUCACUCAAUAACCCCUGAACCAACAUCUACAUCAACUACAGUAACAACAUCUGAAACAACAUCUCAAUCAGAAACAACUCCAGUACCAACAUCUGCGUCAACAUCUGCAUCUCACUCAGUAACCCCUGAACCAACAUCUACAUCAACUACAUUAACAACAACUGAAACAACAUCUCAAUCAGAAACAUCUCCAUUAACAAAAUCUGCAUCAACAUCUGCAUCUCACUCAAUAACCCCUGAACCAACAUCUACAUCAACUCUAGUAACAACAUCUGAAACCAUAACAUCUCAAUCAGAAACAACUCCAGUACCAACAUCUGCAUCUCACUCAGUAACCCCUGAACCAACAUCUACAUCAUCUCCAGUAACAACAUCUGAAACCACAACAUUUCAAUCACAAACAACUCCAGUAUCAACAUCUGCAUCAACAUCUGCAUCUCACUCAGUAACCCCUGAACCAACAUCUACAUCAACUACAGUAACAACAUCUGAAACAACAUCUCAAUCAGAAACAACUCCAGUACCAAUAUCUGCAUCAACAUCUGCAUCUCACUCAAUAACCCCUGAACCAACAUCUACAUCAACUCCAGUAACAACAUCUGAAACCAUAACAUCUCAAUCAGAAAAAACACCAGUAACAACAUCUGCAUCAACAUCUGCAUCUCACUCAAUAACCCCUGAACCAACAUCUACAUCAACUACAGUAACAACAUCUGAAACAACAUCUCAAUCAGAAACAACUCCAGUACCAACAUCUGCAUCUCAGUCAGUAACCCCUGAACCAACAUCUACAUCAACUACAGUAACAACAUCUGAAACCAUAACAUCUCAAUCAGAAACAAGUCCAUUAACAACAUCUGCAUCAACAUCUGCAUCUCACUCAAUAACCCCUGAACCAACAUCUACAUCAACUACAGUAACAACAUCUGAAACAUCUCAUUUAGAAACACCUCCAGUACCAAUAUCUGCAUCAACAUCUGCAUCUCACUCAGUAACAACAUCUGAAACAACAUUUCAAUCACAAACAACUCCAGUAUCAACAUCUGCAUCAACAUCUGCAUCUCACUCAGUAACCCCUGAACCAACAUCUACAUCAACUACAGUAACAGCAUCUGAAACAACAUCUCAAUCAGAAACAACUCCAAUACCAACAUCUGCAUCAACAUCUGCAUCUCACUCAGUAACCCCUGAACCAACAUCUACAUCAACUACAGUAACACCAUCUGAAACAACAUCUCAAUCAGAAACAACUCCAGUACCAACAUCUGCAUCAACAUUUGCAUCUCACUCAGUAACCCCUGAACCAACAUCUACAUCAACUCCAAUAACAACAUCUAAAACCAUAAUAUCUCAAUCAGAAACGACUCCAGUACCAGCAUCUGCAUCAACAUCUGCAUCUCACUCAAUAACCCCUGAACCAACAUCUACAUCAACUACAGUAACAACAUCUGAAACAACAUCUCAAUCAGAAACAACUCCAGUACCAACAUCUGCAUCAACAUCUGCAUCUCACUUAGUAACCCCUGAACCAACAUCUACAUCAACUACAUUAACAACAACUGAAACAACAUCUCAAUCAGAAACAACUCCAGUACCAACAUCUGCGUCAACAUCUGCAUCUCACUCAGUAACCCCUGAACCAACAUCUACAUCAACUACAUUAAUAACAACUGAAACAACAUCUCAAUCAGAAACAUCUCCAUUAACAAAAUCUGCAUCAACAUCUGCAUCUCACUCAAUAACCCCUGAACCAACAUCUACAUCAACUCUAGUAACAACAUCUGAAACCAUAACAUCUCAAUCAGAAACAACUCCAGUACCAACAUCUGCAUCUCACUCAGUAACCCCUGAACCAACAUCUACAUCAUCUCCAGUAACAACAUCUGAAACCACAACAUUUCAAUCACAAACAACUCCAGUAUCAACAUCUGCAUCAACAUCUGCAUCUCACUCAGUAACCCCUGAACCAACAUCUACAUCAACUACAGUAACAACAUCUGAAACAACAUCUCAAUCAGAAACAACUCCAGUAACAACAUCUGCAUCAACAUCUGCAUCUCACUCAAUAACCCCUGAACCAACAUCUACAUCAACUACAGUAACAACAUCUGAAACAUCUCAAUCAGAAACACCUCCAGUACCAACAUCUGCAUCAACAUCUGCAUCUCACUCAGUAACAACAUCUGAAACAACAUCUCAAUCAGAAACAACUCCAGUACCAACAUCUGCAUCAACAUUUGCAUCUCACUCAAUAACCCCUGAACCAACAUCUACAUCAACUCCAGUAACAACAUCUGAAACCACAACAUUUCAAUCACAAACAACUCCAGUAUCAACAUCUGCAUCAACAUCUGCAUCUCACUCAGUAACCCCUGAACCAACAUCUACAUCAACUACAGUAACAACAUCUGAAACAACAUCUCAAUCAGAAACAACUCCAGUACCAACAUCUGCAUCAACAUCUGCAUCACACUCAGUAACCCCUGAACCAACAUCUACAUCAACUCCACAACAUCUGAAAACAACAUCUCAAUCAGAAACAACUCCAGUACCAACAUCUGCAUCAUCAUCUGCAUCUCACUCAGUAACCCCUGGGCCAACAUCUACAUCAACUACAGUAACAACAUCUGAAACCACAACAUCUCAAUCACAAAAAACUCCAGUAUCAACAUCUGCAUCAACAUCUGCAUCUCACUCAGUAACCCCUGAACCAACAUCUACAUCAACUACAGUAACAACAUCUGAAACAACAUCUCAAUCAGAAACAACUCCAGUACCAACAUCUGCAUCAACAUCUGCAUCUCACUCAGUAACCCCUGAACCAACAUCUACAUCAACUACAGUAACAACAUCUGAAACAACAUCUCAAUCAGAAACAACUCCAGUACCAACAUCUGCAUCAACAUCUGCAUCUCACUCAGUAACCCCUGAACCAACAUCUACAUCAACUACAGUAACAACAUCUGAAACCACAUCUCAAUCAGAAACAACUCCAGUACCAACAUCUGCAUCAACAUCUGCAUCUCACUCAGUAACCCCUGAACCAACAUCUACAUCAACUACAGUAACAACAUCUGAAACAACAUCUCAAUCAGAAACAACUCCAGUACCAACAUCUGCAUCAACAUCUGCAUCUCACUCAGUAACCCCUGAACCAACAUCUACAUCAACUACAGUAACAACAUCUGAAACAACAUCUCAAUCAGAAACAACUCCAGUACCAACAUCUGCAUCAACAUCUGCAUCUCACUCAGUAACCCCUGAACCAACAUCUACAUCAACUACAGUAACAACAUCUGAAACAACAUCUCAAUCAGAAACAACUCCAGUACCAACAUCUGCAUCAACAUCUGCAUCUCACUCAGUAACCCCUGAACCAACAUCUACAUCAACUACAGUAACAACAUCUGAAACAACAUCUCAAUCAGAAACAACUCCAGUACCAACAUCUGCAUCAACAUCUGCAUCUCACUCAGUAACCCCUGAACCAACAUCUACAUCAACUACAGUAACAACAUCUGAAACAACAUCUCAAUCAGAAACAACUCCAGUACCAACAUCUGCAUCAACAUCUGCAUCUCACUCAGUAACCCCUGAACCAACAUCUACAUCAACUACAGUAACAACAUCUGAAACAACAUCUCAAUCAGAAACAACUCCAGUACCAACAUCUGCAUCAACAUCUGCAUCUCACUCAGUAACCCCUGAACCAACAUCUACAUCAACUACAGUAACAACAUCUGAAACAACAUCUCAAUCAGAAACAACUCCAGUACCAACAUCUGCAUCAACAUCUGCAUCUCACUCAGUAACCCCUGAACCAACAUCUACAUCAACUACAGUAACAACAUCUGAAACAACAUCUCAAUCAGAAACAACUCCAGUACCAACAUCUGCAUCAACAUCUGCAUCUCACUCAGUAACCCCUGAACCAACAUCUACAUCAACUACAGUAACAACAUCUGAAACAACAUCUCAAUCAGAAACAACUCCAGUACCAACAUCUGCAUCAACAUCUGCAUCUCACUCAGUAACCCCUGAACCAACAUCUACAUCAACUACAGUAACAACAUCUGAAACAACAUCUCAAUCAGAAACAACUCCAGUACCAACAUCUGCAUCAACAUCUGCAUCUCACUCAGUAACCCCUGAACCAACAUCUACAUCAACUACAUUAACAACAACUGAAACAACAUCUCAAUCAGAAACAACUCCAGUACCAACAUCUGCAUCAACAUCUGCAUCUCACUCAGUAACCCCUGAACCAACAUCUACAUCAACUACAGUAACAACAUCUGAAACAACAUCUCAAUCAGAAACAACUCCAGUACCAACAUCUGCAUCAACAUCUGCAUCUCACUCAGUAACCCCUGAACCAACAUCUACAUCAACUACAGUAACAACAUCUGAAACAACAUCUCAAUCAGAAACAACUCCAGUACCAACAUCUGCAUCAACAUCUGCAUCUCACUCAGUAACCCCUGAACCAACAUCUACAUCAACUACAGUAACAACAUCUGAAACAACAUCUCAAUCAGAAACAACUCCAGUACCAACAUCUGCAUCAACAUCUGCAUCUCACUCAGUAACCCCUGAACCAACAUCUACAUCAACUACAGUAACAACAUCUGAAACAACAUCUCAAUCAGAAACAACUCCAGUACCAACAUCUGCAUCAACAUCUGCAUCUCACUCAGUAACCCCUGAACCAACAUCUACAUCAACUACAGUAACAACAUCUGAAACAACAUCUCAAUCAGAAACAACUCCAGUACCAACAUCUGCAUCAACAUCUGCAUCUCACUCAGUAACCCCUGAACCAACAUCUACAUCAACUACAGUAACAACAUCUGAAACAACAUCUCAAUCAGAAACAACUCCAGUACCAACAUCUGCAUCAACAUCUGCAUCUCACUCAGUAACCCCUGAACCAACAUCUACAUCAACUACAGUAACAACAUCUGAAACAACAUCUCAAUCAGAAACAACUCCAGUACCAACAUCUGCAUCAACAUCUGCAUCUCACUCAGUAACCCCUGAACCAACAUCUACAUCAACUACAGUAACAACAUCUGAAACAACAUCUCAAUCAGAAACAACUCCAGUACCAACAUCUGCAUCAACAUCUGCAUCUCACUCAGUAACCCCUGAACCAACAUCUACAUCAACUACAGUAACAACAUCUGAAACAACAUCUCAAUCAGAAACAACUCCAUUACCAAUAUCUGCAUCAACAUCUGCAUCUCACUCAGUAACCCCUAAACCAACAUCUACAUCAACUACAGUAACAACAUCUGAAACCACAACAUCUCAAUCACAAACAACUCCAUUACCAAUAUCUGCAUCAACAUCUGCAUCUCACUCAGUAACCCCUGAACCAACAUCUACAUCAACUACAGUAACAACAUCUGAAACCACAACAUCUCAAUCAGAAACAACUCCAGUACCAACAUCUGCAUCAACAUCUGCAUCUCACUCAAUAACCCCUGAACCAACAUCUACAUCAACUACAGUAACAACAUCUGAAACAACAGCAUCUUCAAUCACAAACAACUCCAGUAUCUGCAUCACAUCUGCAUCUCACUCAGUAACCCCUGAACCAACAUCUACAUCAACUACAGUAACAACAUCUGAAACAACAUCUCAAUCAGAAACAACUCCAGUACCAACAUCUGCAUCAACAUCUGCAUCUCACUCAGUAACCCCUGAACCAACAUCUACAUCAACUACAGUAACAACAUCUGAAACCACAACAUCUCAAUCAGAAACAACUCCAGUACCAACAUCUGCAUCAACAUCUGCAUCUCACUCAAUAACCCCUGAACCAACGUCUACAUCAACUACAGUAACAACAUCUGAAACAACAGCAUUUCAAUCACAAACAACUCCAGUAUCAACAUCUGCAUCUCACUCAGUAACCCCUGAACCAACAUCUACAUCAACUACAGUAACAACAUCUGAAACAACAUCUCAAUCAGAAACAACUCCAGUACCAACAUCUGCAUCAACAUCUGCAUCUCACUCAGUAACCCCUGAACCAACAUCUACAUCAACUCCAGUAACAACAUCUGAAACCAUAACAUCUCAAUCAGAAACAACUCCAGUACCAACAUCUGCAUCAACAUCUGCAUCUCACUCAGUAACCCCUGAACCAACAUCUACAUCAACUACAUUAACAACAACUGAAACAACAUCUCAAUCAGAAACAACUCCAGUACCAACAUCUGCAUCAACAUCUGCAUCUCACUCAGUAACCCCUGAACCAACAUCUACAUCAACUACAUUAACAACAACUGAAACAACAUCUCAAUCAGAAACAUCCCCAUUAACAAAAUCUGCAUCAACAUCUGCAUCUCACUCAAUAACCCCUGAACCAACAUCUACAUCAACUCCAUCAACAACCUAUGAAACCACAACAUCUCAAUCAGAAACAACUCCAGUACCAACAUCUGCAUCAACAUCUGCAUCUCACUCAGUAACCCCUGAACCAACAUCUACAUCAACUACAUUAACAACAACUGAAACAACAUCUCAAUCAGAAACAUCCCCAUUAACAAAAUCUGCAUCAACAUCUGCAUCUCACUCAAUAACCCCUGAACCAACAUCUACAUCAACUCCAGUAACAACCUAUGAAACCACAACAUCUCAAUCAGAAACAACUCCAAUAACAACAUCUGCAUCAAUAUCUGCAUCUCAUUCAACAAUCCCUGAACCAACAUCUACAUCAACUACAGUCACAACCUAUGAAACCACAACAUCUCAAUCAGAAACAACUCCAGUACCAACAUCUGCAUCAACUACAGUAACAACCUAUGAAACCACAACAUCUCAAUCAGAAACAACUCCAAUAACAACAUCUGCAUCAACAUCUGCAUCUCAUUCAACAAUCCCUGAACCAACAUCUACAUCAACUACAGUCACAACCUAUGAAACCACAACAUCUCAAUCAGAAACAACUCCAGUACCAACAUCUGCAUCAACUACAGUAACAACCUAUGAAACCACAACAUCUCAAUCAGAAACAACUCCAAUAACAACAUCUGCAUCAACAUCUGCAUCUCAUUCAACAAUCCCUGAACCAACAUCUACAUCAACUACAGUCACAACCUAUGAAACCACAACAUCUCAAUCAGAAACAACUCCAGUAACAACAUCUGCAUCAACAUCUGCAUCUCACUCAAUAACCCCUGAACCAACAUCUACAUCAACUACAGUAACAACAUCUGAAACCACAACAUUUCAAUCUCAAACAACUCCAGUAUCAGCAUCUGCAUCAACAACUGCAUCUAACUCAGUAACACCUGAACCAACAUCUACAUCAACUACAGUAACAACAACUGAAACAACAUCUCAAUCAGAAACAUCUCCAUUAACAAAAUCUGCAUCAACAUCUGCAUCUCACUCAAUAACCCCUGAACCAACAUCUACAUCAACUCCAGUAACAACCCAUGAAACCACAACAUCUAAAUCAGAAACAACUGCAGUAACAACAUCUGCAUCAACAUCUGCAUCUCACUCAAUAACCCCUGAACCAACAUCUGCAUCAACUACAGUCACUACCUAUGAAACCACAACAUCUCAAUCAGAAACAACUCCAGUAACAACAUCUGCAUCAACAUCUUCAUCUCACUCAAUAACCCCUGAACCAACAUCUACAUCAACUACAGUAACAGCAUCUGAAACCACAACAUUUCAAUCAGAAACAACUCCAGUAACAACAUCUGCAUCAACAUCUGCAUCUCACUCAAUAACCCCUGAACCAACAUCUACAUCAACUACAGUAACAACAUCUGAAACCACAUUUCAAUCACAAACAACUCCAGUAUCAACAUCUGCAUCAAUAUCUGCAUCUCACUCGACAAUUCCUGAGCCAACAUCUACAUCAACUACAGUAACAACAUCUGAAACAUCAUCUCAAUCAGAAACAACUCCAGUACCAACAUCUGCAUCAACAUCUGCAUCUCACUCAGUAACCCCUGAACCAACAUCUACAUCAACUACAUUAACAACAACUGAAACAACAUCUCAAUCAGAAACAACUCCAGUACCAACAUCUGCAUCUCACUCAAUAACUCCUGUACCAACAUCAACAUCAACUACAGUAACAACAUCUGAAACAACAUCUCAAUCAGAAACAACUCCAGUACCAACAUCUGCAUCAACAUCUGCAUCUCACUCAGUAACCCCUGAACCAACAUCUACAUCAACUCCAGUAACAACAUCUGAAACAACAUCUCAAUCAGAAACAACUCCAGUAUCAACAUCUGCAUCAACAUCUGCAUCUCACUCAAUAACCCCUGAACCAACAUCUACAUCAACUACAGUAACAACAUCUCAAUCAGAAACAACUCCAGUACCAACAUCUGCAUCAACAUCUGCAUCUCACUCAGUAACCCCUGAACCAACAUCUACAUCAACUACAUUAACAACAACUGAAACAAGAUCUCAAUCAGAAACAACUCCAGUACCAACAUCUGCAUCAACAUCUGCAUCUCACUCAAUAACUCCUGUACCAACAUCUACAUCAACUACAGUAACAACAUCUGAAACAACAUCUCAAUCAGAAACAACUCCAGUACCAACAUCUGCAUCAACAUCUGCACCUCACUCAGUAACCCCUGAACCAACAUCUACAUCAACUCCAGUAACAACAUCUGAAACAACAUCUCAAUCAGAAACAACUCCAGUAUCAACAUCUGCAUCAACAUCUGCAUCUCACUCAAUAACCCCUGAACCAACAUCUACAUCAACUACAGUAACAGCAUCUGAAACCACAACAUUUCAAUCAGAAACAACUCCAGUAACAACAUCUGCAUCAACAUCUGCAUCUCACUCAAUAACCCCUGAACCAACAUCUACAUCAACUACAGUAACAACAUCUGAAACCACAUUUCAAUCACAAACAACUCCAGUAUCAACAUCUGCAUCAAUAUCUGCAUCUCACUCGACAAUUCCUGAGCCAACAUCUACAUCAACUACAGUAACAACAUCUGAAACAUCAUCUCAAUCAGAAACAACUCCAGUACCAACAUCUGCAUCAACAUCUGCAUCUCACUCAGUAACCCCUGAACCAACAUCUACAUCAACUACAUUAACAACAACUGAAACAACAUCUCAAUCAGAAACAACUCCAGUACCAACAUCUGCAUCUCACUCAAUAACUCCUGUACCAACAUCAACAUCAACUACAGUAACAACAUCUGAAACAACAUCUCAAUCAGAAACAACUCCAGUACCAACAUCUGCAUCAACAUCUGCAUCUCACUCAGUAACCCCUGAACCAACAUCUACAUCAACUCCAGUAACAACAUCUGAAACAACAUCUCAAUCAGAAACAACUCCAGUAUCAACAUCUGCAUCAACAUCUGCAUCUCACUCAAUAACCCCUGAACCAACAUCUACAUCAACUACAGUAACAACAUCUCAAUCAGAAACAACUCCAGUACCAACAUCUGCAUCAACAUCUGCAUCUCACUCAGUAACCCCUGAACCAACAUCUACAUCAACUACAUUAACAACAACUGAAACAACAUCUCAAUCAGAAACAACUCCAGUACCAACAUCUGCAUCAACAUCUGCAUCUCACUCAAUAACUCCUGUACCAACAUCUACAUCAACUACAGUAACAACAUCUGAAACAACAUCUCAAUCAGAAACAACUCCAGUACCAACAUCUGCAUCAACAUCUGCACCUCACUCAGUAACCCCUGAACCAACAUCUACAUCAACUCCAGUAACAACAUCUGAAACAACAUCUCAAUCAGAAACAACUCCAGUAUCAACAUCUGCAUCAACAUCUGCAUCUCACUCAAUAACCCCUGAACCAACAUCUACAUUAACUACAGUAACAACAUCUGAAACCACAAUAUCUCAAUCAGAAACAUCUCCAUUAACACAAUCUGCAUCAACAUCUGCAUCUCACUCAGCAAUCCCUGCACCAACAUCUACAUCAACUCCAGUAACAACAUCUGAAACCACAACAUCUCAAUCACAAACAACUCCAGUAUCAACAUCUGCAUCUCACUUGACAAUCCCUGAACCAACAUCUACAUCAACUACAUUAACAACAUCUGAAACCACAACAUCUCAGUCAGAAACAACUCCAGUAACAACAUCUGCAACAACAUCUGCAUCUCACUCAAUAACCCCUGAACCAACAUCUACAUCAACUACAGUAACAACAUCUCAAUCAGAAACAACUCCAGUAACAACAUCUGCAUCAACAUCUGCAUUUCACUCGACAAUCCCUGAACCAACAUCUACAUCAACUACAGUAACAACAGCUGAAACCACAACAUCUCAAUCAGAAAAAACUCUAGUAACAACAUCUGCAUCAACAUCUACAUCUCACUCUACAUCAAGAUUUACAUCAACUGCACUAGCACCUGCAUCUCGCUUGACAACAUCUGAACCAACAUCAAAUACAGUAGCAUCUACAGCUCAAUCAACAGCAACACCUGCACUAACAUCUACAUUAACUACACCAGCAUCUACAACUCAAACAACCCUCCCAACAUAUACUUCAACUACACAAACUUCUACAACUGAAACGCCAACUGCACCAACAUUUACUACAACUCCAACAUCUACCACUCAAUCAGCUUCAACUGAAUCAACAUCUACUACUCAACUGACAAAUGCAUCAAACUCAACAUCAACUGCAUCAACAUCUACAGCUCAAUCUACAUCAACUGCAUCAAUAUCAACUGCAUUAACAUCUACAGCUCAAACAACAACUACAACAUCUACAUCUCAACAAACAACUAGCAAGCCAGCAAGUCAGUCUACAUCUUCAUCUCCAAAUGCUCUCCCCCGAAAUACGAAAGCAUUUGCUUAUGCAACUUUCAAAAUGAGAUCCUUUGUUGAGCUGAGCAAUGAUGAGAUCAUUACAUAUAUUGAAAAGUUUGCCAAGUACUUUCAAGCUAACAUUAAUGGGACCAUCAGGAUUACUGUGAAGAAAUCAAGAAAACUGUUGGCUUAAGGAUCUGGCAUGGAAAACUGUCUGUCCGCAUGCAAUCCACUACAUACAAUCUCUGAAUGAAGUUGCCACUUUGCAGAUUAAACUAGUUUUGUCUAGUCAGUUGUUCAAAUAAAUUUCUUGCAAAAUUAUUUAUUUUUAUAGAUUAUAAAAUUCAGUGUGUAACUAAAUGUGAAUCCUCUGACUGUGAUUAUAAGGAAUUCUUGUGGUCACAGUUAAAAAGUUCUAUUUAAAACUAUUUAACAUCAAUUUAAUCUAUUUAACAUCUAUUUAACAUCUAUUUAGGGGUUUUUUUCCCUUCUUUUUUUAGUUCAUUUUAAUUUGCUUAGUCUUGUAGUUUUUUCAUUCUGAAUUCAAACAGUCACUUGAACUGUGUUGUGUAAUAUGUAAUAUUGUGUAGAUGCUAUGUAAAUUCUGCUCCCGUCAAUGUGAUUAUUAAAAAAAACAAAAAAAACUAUGCAACAUCUCAAAGUGUAAAUGCCAAGUUGUCUUCCUAUCAAUGCAGUAAUGGUGCAUUCAUUCACUGACCAAGCACAAUCAAAUGCAUUUUUGAAAAUGCGUAUAUCCCCAGGUGAAAAAAGGUAUACUGCACUUAAAAAUACUUAAAUACAAGCAAGUGCAUUUGUGGUAUAUUCUUACAUUAUGUGCUAAAUAAAAUUGUAAAAGUUAUACACUAUAAAUAUACUAAUUACAAGCAUAUUUUUUACUUCAGUAGUAAUUCAGUGCACUUAAAAAAGUAUA